AUGGCAUAAUAAUUAUUAAGACCGUUGGUUAUUUCUGGGCCAUCAGGAGCAGGAAAAUCUACUCUUAUCCAUCAUCUUUUAAAUAAGUACUCUAAUAAAUUCAAGUUGAGUGUGUCAUCAACCACAAGAUAGCCUAGAUCUGGAGAAGUUGAUGGAGAAAUUGAGAAUGGCCAGUUUUUAGAGCAUAAUAAAGUACACAACAAUUAUUAUGGUACCCACAAGGCAUAGAUAUUGAAAACUUAAUCAGAAAAUAAAAUUUGUCUCCUUGACAUAGAUGUUAAAGGAGCCAGAGAUGUGAGCAAAAGUGACAUUUUGUGCCACUAUAUUUUCAUUCAGACUAAAAAUAUUGAGGAUCUUAGACAAAGGUUGCUUGCAAGAAAAACUGAAACUGAAGAAUCAAUCAAAAUAAGGUUAUAAAAUGCAGAAAAAGAAAUCUCAUUUGCUUAAGAAUUAAAGAUUUUUGAGAAAUGGUUUUGCCUAGAGAGAGUAAGAGACUCAUUACAAUACCAUACUCUACCAGCUCACCAAGCAAAUGCAGUUUGUCCUUAAAUUACUCAUCAGUAAAUUAAAUAAUACUUUAUUUUACAAGCGCAUUGCGAAUUUGAAAAUAUUCCAAAUAUCGUUAGACUGCUAUUCAACAUCAAGAAGGAAAUUAAGAAGCUAGCCUAUAUGGAUCAGAAGAAGUAUUUGACUCCACUAUUUUCAGGUGCUUGUUCUGACAUUUAUAUUGCUCUUAGAGAUUAUUUUAAUUAAAAAUCUUCGAAAAUGGAAAUUAACAUGGAUUCCAACAAUGAGUUCAAUGCCUCGGGCUCAAUUAAGAAUAUGAAUUCAUAAAAUUUUUCACAGAAUAUGCCUAAAUUUGGUCAUGAAUUGAGUUUUAGUUAAUUGGAUAAGAAUAAAUUCCAACCAUCAAAGGGAUAAAGAUCAGCUGCAAGCAAUAAUUAUAGUACACAAUAAAAUUAUUAAAAUCCAAAUGCAAAGAUGCAAGCUACCAUCAAUGCAAAUAAAUUGAUUAUAAAUAUUAACAACGAUAAAUCUUCUUUGAGCAAUCCAAGUUAUCAAAAGGAUCUUGAAAAAUAGGAUAUCAAUCAAAACUCGAGUUUGCAAAGUCAUUCAGCGAUGGUAACUCCUAGGGAUCAAAAGUUUAGGUAGAAUCAAAGAUAUACGGAUAUGUAGCAGUCCAAUACUAAGAAGCCAAAACUGGUUCAAGAUGUUACUCCAUUUAUUGGCAGAAGACAAGAAUCAUAGAAAAUUGGAUCUUCAAGGAAAAGAGAUUCCUCUGAAGUGCUUGACUCUAUUAAUUUAGAUCAGCAUAAUAUGUAAAAAUAACUUGAAGACAUGACUUCUCCCUUUAAGUAAGGCAACUCAGAUUUGAUGGAUCAUGACAGUUUAUUGAGGAGUUUAAGAAAUGAUGACGACAUAAAUUAGUUCAGAGAAACAUUUAUGAGACUUGGAUAAAAUCACCCUCAGAAUAACACUUAAAAUUAUACCCCUACUCUAGAUUAACACAUAUUUGCAGCAUCUAAAAAGAGAAAUAUCAAGCCUCAACAUCAAGUUAAGGUCAGCUAAGAAAGCCUAGCAUAAUUUAGAACCUCAGGAUAAAAGUUUGCUAAGAUAAAGAAAUAUAAGAAAGUCUUAUACAAAAGACUCAGCCAGGGUAAUUCUCCUCAGAGAUAAGUAAAUGAUAGUGAUUUUGACAUAAUGCCUGAAAUACACAAUCAAUCUUAAUUGAGGUCAAGCAUGCCUGCUGAAAUGCCUAGAGAUGAUAAGUUAUAUGGAUCAUUAGCGCAAUUAAAGGUCAAAGUAAUCGAAAAGAUCGUAAAUGAUGACAUUAAGUAACUCCCCUGGAUCAUAGAUAUUUAGGGAAACUUCAAAUAUUUCCAAGAUUGA